GGGCACAUUGUCCAGCCUCUACUAUAAAUUGCUCCCAAAAAUGCACAAAUAGACGAACAAAUCCACUGCUAUCGGCGUGAAGGUGUAGAAGCUCAGAGGGAAGCUGCAGAAGCUGUGGUGGUGGUGGAGGUGGUGUAUCUGUGGAUCGGUGUUGGUUGACGUGGGUUGGAGGAGGUUUGAACAUGAGUUCACGUAGCACCAGCAGGAGCAGGAGUCAGAGUCGGAGCCGGAGCAGGAGUCCACGAGAUCGCAGGAUCCGAUCUCAACGCUUGUCCUAUCGUGAUGCUCCUUAUAGGAGAGAGUCACGUAGGGGUUUCAGCCAAGGCAAUCUGUGCAACAACUGCAAGCGGCCAGGUCACUUUGCAAGAGAAUGCCCUAAUGUGGCUAUUUGUAACAACUGUAACCUUCCUGGGCACAUUGCAUCAGAGUGCACCACACAAUCAUUAUGUUGGAAUUGUCGAGAACCAGGUCACAUGGCCAACAACUGUCCCAAUGAGGGAAUCUGCCAUUCGUGCAAUAAGACUGGUCAUCGUGCCAGAGACUGCCCAACUCCUGGGUUGCCAUCUGGGGACUUGAGGUUGUGCAAUAACUGCUACAAGCAAGGCCAUAUUGCAGCUGACUGUACAAAUGAUAAGGCAUGCAAGAACUGCAGGAAGACUGGCCACAUAGCACGUGACUGUCAGAACGAACCAGUUUGCAACUUGUGCAACAUAGCUGGGCAUGUGGCUAGGCAAUGCCCAAAGGCCGAGAUUUUUGGAGAGAGGGGUGGUGGGGGUCGCAACACUGGUUUUCGAGAUGUUAUCUGCAGGAGCUGCAACCAGGUGGGUCAUAUGAGCAGGGAUUGCAUGGUUUCCUUGGUCAUAUGUAAUAACUGCGGUGGUAGGGGCCAUAUGGCAUUUGAAUGCCCAUCAGGAAGAUUUAUGGACCGUAUGCCUCGCCGGUACUGAAUUAACAGAACUACAGGUCUGUCUGUCUACUGCGCAAUUCAGAUGGGAGCUUAUAGUACUUUAAACAUAUGUUUUAUCCUGAGUUCUUUUAUUUGGUUUUAUUAUAAUAAUUUUCGAACAGCCUGGAGCCAUUUUUAUGGUGGUUCUUAGUUCUGAAUGUUUGUAUGGGUACUCGAGAAUUGUGGAAAUUGGCCAUGCCAUGGUGCUUAAUUGCUACAGUUAUGUGGAUAUGGACCAGUUUUCUUGAAGUGAUAUCAAGGAAGAUUGACUUCUUAUUGCAGAGUCCAUAACAAAUGGUUUGGAUUACUUUACCUUUUCUUAGAUCAGGUAUCACCUUCAUGAGUAAGUUGCUUUUGCUUUACUAGGCACUAGUCGAAGAGCUGUACUAUUCUUGAAAUCUCACCAAGAACCACCUCAGUGUCGCCAACAGCAGAUUUUCCCUUUAUUUUUAUCUUUUGUCUUUUAUUUUUCAUUAGUUUUUGGGUUAUUUACAAAAGCCCAGCAUUUCAUCAGGCUUAUUAAUAUCCUGAAUAAUGGAUUGGAGGAUAUUACAAUUAGAAUUUAGUCACUUAGAAUCAUGUGUGGGUGAAUUAUAAAAGUUGUAAUUUGCACGAGUUCAUUGAAUAAAGUCCUACUGGACCCUUCUUUGUGGGAGUCCCUUUGAUCA